AAUGUUUUUUUUUUUUUUUUUUUUCUGAUUUGUGAUUCACAAUGGCAAUUAGAUUCGAAGCCUCGUUUCCUCCGGGUUGUAUUCAUUAAAUCGUAUGCCACAAACUUGUGUGGGUAAAAGAAUCUGUAUACAUGAUUUUUGCGUCAUUCAUAUGAUUAUCCAUAUGUCAACCACACAGAUAGCAAUGUGUCAUCCACAAACAUUACAUUGUAUAGAGAUAUCCAAUUCAAUUUCUGAUAUGCAUCAUGUUUCUCAAUGAACUUUUUUACUGUUGUGGUAUCACUUGAUGCAUGUAUGUCAUAUAUUUCGAUUUACUUGUGCCUGCAUUUGAUUUCAAACAGUGUGUUUUCUGCAAUUUAAAAUGAGCAUAAUUAGAAUAUCUUUUCUAACCCUAAUUCUGAAUGCCUGGAAUUGUUGCAACUCCAAUGAGGAUUAAAUUGCUGCCUGUUGUUUGUGCACUUGAAUGGUAAGUGGCACGGCACACAUCCUAAUAAAUUUAGACUAAAGUGGCAACAAUUGCAUCUUUGUCAUGUCCGGGUUCGGUUUCUGCACACAAAUGCCUCCUGAUUGCCAUGACCUGCCGUCUCGUUCUGCUACUUCAACUUGAUGUUGGAUUCUCCUUUUAUUUAUUUUUUUUCUUUGAAGUUAUUUGAUUCCUGAUUGAAUUGAUGAUGACUAUCAUAACAUCAACGUAGCUUCUAACGAUUCUAUUUUCAGAGAAGUAUUUUUUUUUCCAAACUCAUAAUUAUCUUAUUCUCACUUGUAUAUUUUUAGCACUUGAGAUAUUUAAUCUCUGAUAUUUUUUUUUUAUUUAUUCUCAUAUAUAUUUAGAUUUUAAUUUUGGAAAUAUUUAGAUUCAUUGAUUGAGAAAUGCCAUUUAAUUUGCCUUCCGAUUCAACCAUUUUCGUAAUUUCAUUGUAAGUAAUCAUUUAUCCAUAUUUCUUGUAUAGCGAGCCAGUGGUAGAUGAAUUAUGUGUGAGUUGUUACCAAAUUCAUUUUUUCCCCUUCAACGGAGAAAUAUUAAUUCUUCUACAAAAGAUUUUUGUUUUUUAUAAUGAAGGGUGCUUCCACAAAACAAUAAUAAUAUUAUUCACUUAUUUAGGAUAAUUGAGUUGUUGAAAUAUAAAAAAGGAAAAGUUAGGUUGUUUCCGUUCUUUAUUUUUCUAACAAAAAUAUUUCUCAAUUCCUUAUAGAAAUAAUUACGUUUCCAACAAAGAGACGUAAAAAUAUAGCAAAUCUAAAAGAGAAUUUUAGAGACGAGAAAUCCACGUGCGAAGUUCGUCUAAUGUUUGGAUUCUUUUGAACGGUUUAUAGGCAUGUCAGUUAAUGCUUCUAAAUCCUAAUCCCAUUACGUCUCUCUUUUCUUUGAUUCCUUUAUGUAUGUAUUCCUUCUCCUCCCCUUUGCCAUACGACCCUUCCCACGGCUCGCCGGGCGGCGGAGGAGGAGAAAAGGCGUCUACCUGGACACUUCUCCGGUCCCUCGAGUGCAUGUCGCUCUCCGUUGACAUGUUGGACGGAGAGGAGGUUGCCCUCGUCCCCAACUCCUUGAAGCCGCCAGGCGCCGGAGACGACGCGGCUGGUGGUGGUAGUGGUCUGCCGGCGACGCAGAUCACAUCGAAUAGUAGAGUGAAUGAGUUGCUGGAGUGCCCCGUUUGCACCAACACGAUGUACCCUCCGAUCCAUCAGUGCCGCAAUGGACAUACUCUUUGUUCAUCCUGCAAGCCAAGGGUUCAGGACCAAUGCCCUACUUGUAGACAAGAGCUUGGAGACAUUAGGUGUUUAGCUUUAGAGAAGGUAGCCGAAUUUUUUGAGCUUCCUUGCAAGUACCUUUCGAUGGGGUGUCCAGAAAUCUUCCCGUACUACAACAAGCUUAAACACGAAGCACAGUGCAACUUCAGACCAUACAACUGCCCGUAUGCUGGUUGGGAGUGCUUUGUGGAGGGGAAUAUUCCUUUCCUUGUUGCACAUUUAAGGGAUGAUCACAAGGUGGACACGCAUACUGGGUGCACAUUCAACCAUAGAUAUGUGAAGCCGAAUCCGCGAGAGGUGGAAAAUGCUACCUGGAUGUUAACAAUAUUCCACUGUUUCGAGCAGCACUUUUGUAUGCACUUCGAGGAAUUUCAGCUUGGGAUGGCUCCGGUUUACAUAGUAUUUCUCCAAUUCAUGGGCGACGAAAAUGAAGCACAUAACUAUAGAUACAGACUCGAGGUUGGUUCGAAUGGCAGGAAGCUCACAUGGGAAGGUAUCCCCCGUAGCAUCCGUGACAGCCACCAAGAAGUUCGGGAUAGCCAUGAUGGCCUGAUAAUCUCGAGGAACAUGGCAAUCUUCUUCUCCGGGAAUAAGAAGGAUCUAAAGCUGCGAGUGACGGGCCGCAUAUGGAAGGAAGAGCGGCAUUCUGAUACUGGACUGUCUUCAGUAACUCUCUGACUGUUUCACUGAGACUUGUUGCUCUUGGGUCUGUGAUUAGAUCAACUCUUUGCUGUUGGUUACUGCUUGUGUGAUAUUACUGAUCAACAAGCAGUUCUAUCAGCUCUUUUUUUUCUUAGCCUUCUUUAUAGUGUUUAUUACAUCACAUACUUAAUGUAGCAUAUAUAUUAUCCAAUUAAAAUAGAUUU